GCCCCAAAUCCCUUAUUCCUCACGUUGCUCCCUUCUCCCUCACUGGAGAAUCUCGAAAUCUGAGUACGAACUCGAACAUUUCCUCAGCAAACCGAUGACAUGAGUUUCGUGGAUGGCAAGCUCAACAGCCGGUAAGGCAUGAAUUGCUUUGAGUUAUUGUUUUAAGAAGCUGAAGUGGUCAUUUUUGUUAACACUCACGUCGUGAGUUAGGGUUAGGAUCAGAACCGUUUCUAGGUUCGUGACGCAGAAAAAGUGUUUGUAAGAUUUCAGUUAUGUCAUAGAACUUCAAACCAUGGCUGAUAGAAUUAGCACUUUAUCCGAUCCAGUUUUAUGCUACAUUCUUUCGUUUUUGCCUAUCAAAGUAGCUGUUAUCACCAGUGUUCUCUCCAAGAGGUGGAACCCACUCUGGCUCUCAAUCCCCACUCUCCACUUGGACUACGCUGCUGAACUAGGCAAAGAGAAAUUUACUCAAUCUGUGUACUCAGUUAUCCUCUCUCGAGAUUUGCACCAAUCCAUCCGAACAUUCCGCCUUAGCAGCUGUAAUGCUUGUCAUCCUAACGAUAUCAAAAUAUGGAUUAAUGCUGCAACACAACGCGGAGUUGAGCACCUCGACAUCGAUUUGCGUAAUACCCGGAUGGGAAACCCGGGUCAUGCAUGGAGAAACCAGUAUUUUAAUUGCGUUCUGAAACCUGCCAAAACCCUUGUGGUUCUUAAGUUGAAGGGAUUAACUUUGAAACCUUUCUCACAUGUUGAUUUUCCCUUGCUUAAAGUCCUGCAUUUGAAUUGCGUUAAAUUAAGAAGUAGAUGUUUUGCUGAGCUUCUUUAUCGGUGCCCAGUUCUUGAGGAUUUGGAAGCGAUAAGGAUUUCCUUUUUUGGUAACUCUUUACCUGACGGAGCGUUUAAAAGGUUAUCCAAGUUGGUCAGAGCAAAUAUUUAUGCACAUCAUGUUCCGUUGGAAGCAGUUAGUAAUGUAGAGUUUCUGUGCAUAAAUUUUUCGUGCAUAAAGGUGGAUAAUGUGUGUGUUCCUGUGUUUCACAAUGUAACCCAUAUUGAACUUGCCUAUACAAAUGAUUGGCUUGAGGUAGUAAUAGAAGUGCUCAAGCAGUGCCCCAAGCUUCAAGUUCUUGUCAUUGAUGAGAAUAAAGUCUUCCAACGACGCAAAGAUGAACGAGGAGAUUGGCCAUACCCACAAUCUGUUCCUGAAUCCAUUUCAUUACACCUCAAAGCUUGCCAUCUUAAGAAUUAUAAAGGCUGGGAAGGUGAGUUUCAAUUUGCAAGAUAUAUCAUGCAGAAUGCAAGACAUUUACGGUCCAUGACAUUCUGCUUUCACACUACCACAAAUGAACAGGCAAAGAACAAAAUGAUUGACAAAUUAUUCUUGUGCACAAGGCUCUCUGGAACUUGUAAACUUUCAUUUAAAUGAUAACAGAUGGGACAUGAGUAACUGUAAAUAGUUACUUGAUGUCUUCCUUUUUAUAAGUAGCUGCUAGGUAUGUACUUUGUCUUAUUUUUCUAAUUAACAACCUGUUGCUUUAUCGUAAUUUGAGUUACAGUGCACCCACUU